ACAUAUUCCAUGGAUUGCUAUUUCCGUCAAUCGUGGGUGGAUAAACGUUUAGCCUUCAAGGGCGCACAGGAUACAUUGGCUUUGAGCGUUUCGAUGUUGGCGCGCAUUUGGAAACCCGACACUUACUUCUAUAAUGGCAAACAAAGUUAUCUACACACCAUUACGACACCAAAUAAAUUUGUGCGCAUCUAUCAGAAUGGCAGGGUGUUAUAUUCGAGCAGAUUAACAAUCAAAGCUGGCUGUCCAAUGAAUUUAGAAGACUUUCCUAUGGAUAUACAAAAGUGUCCACUAAAGUUUGGCUCAU